AUGGAGAAAAGCAAUACCAGACCACUACAGCCGUUUCAAGGAGAGAGAAAGUCGAGUCACGGAAGUAUCCAGAAAGGACAAGCAGAUGCAAAGGGGAAAGGGAAAGGCCAACCUAAACCUGAUAAUCUACCAAUCAUACCUCAAAAAGAUCUGUUCCAACGUAUCAAUUUCUCAUAUCAAGCUGCUAUAUUCUUGCAAAACCUGGGAUCGAAUAAUGUGGCGUCGAAUUCAAGCUCAGGUUUAGCCUCCAGCACCAUUAUCAAUGUAUCCCCUCCCGAUGGUGAAGUCGGGAUGAAGGUGGAUAGGAAAGGUAAACGAAAAGCUAUAGAAUAUACCCAAUCUGAUCAACAUGGAAAUAGGAGAAAGGCUGAGCGAGGAGAUGGAGUAGCAGAAGAAGAAGAAGCUGGAGUAACGAAAAAACGGUUUAGACAAUUGGCCAGAAUGAAUAUGAGAGAAAUGAAUGGAAUGAGUGUACAUAAUCAACUUAAAUUGGAUCCUUCCUUGAAAAGGUCUUUGUGCAAAACCUGCGGAACGAUAUUGAUACCGGGUCUAACAUCUAGAAUAAGGAAUCGACCAAACCGAAACUCAUUCUCAAUAACCCAUCAUCAUUGCCUGACUUGUCAUUCCUCACUCUCGAUACCUGCGCCCCCGAUACCCUCGACUUCGUUAGAUGAUCGUAGCGCAGCUGCUGACGAUGGUCUGGAUGGGCCGCUGCGGAGGGCCAGAAGGAGAAAGGCUUCGAAGAGGGGUAAGAGGAUAUUUCAUGAGCGAGAAGGCGAUGCGGGUGGGCAUGUUCUGUGGAAAGGUGAACAGAAGCUAGAAGGAUGGGGAGUGAAGGUUUAG